AGCCAUCUCGCAGCCCUUUGCUGGCCUAGAGAAAAGGAAGUGCACCAUGCAAGUCAUCUUUGGUCCGGGUGAGAAGACUAUGCGGAUUUCGGUGAUUUUCCGAGGCCAGGGGAAGCGGAUUUCGCCGGUGGAGAAAGCCGCGUACCACAAGGACUUGGACGUGUUUUUCCAGGAGAAUGCGUGGGCGGACCAAAAGUUCUGCAUGGAGUGGGCCAAGAGGUCGUACCGCGAAGGCCUGAUCCGCGGGCGGGGUGAGCUCCCCAAGGCGAGGUCCAUUCUGAUAAUGGACAACUUGCACGCGCAGACCACGGACGAGUUCAAGGGGUAUCUUGCGAAGCAGUGCAACACUAUCGCCUGGCUUGGCCCUGCGGAGUGCACGGACGAGGUGCAGCCAGUUGAUGCAGGAGCCGGACGAUUUCUCAAGGUGGAAGUUGGUAACGAGAUGGACAAGUGGCUCGAUCAGUCAGACAACAUCGAGAGGUAGGAAACCGCGUCGC